AUGACGAGUUUACUAUGGGUCAAACAGCCUGCGUCAUAUCAAACUUCUCAAAAAGACGAUGAGCAGGAACUCCGUCCCUUCAUAGGCGUCACAGGAACAUUUCCCAUGAUGGAACAUUCCCAUACAAAAGAUGAGUUCACUGACGAGCAAGGCAAAGCCGAAAUGCAAACCACAAAGGAGGGUAUUAUUUUGAAUCCUCAGCCGUCGGAAAGCAAGCGCGACCCACUCAACUGGCCUAUCUGGCGCCGCGACUUGGCACUGAUUGUUGUUGGGUGGCACUGUUUCGUGGGCGGCGGCCAAACAUCCAUACUUGCAGCAGGGACCUCGGGACUCGCAAAAGAAUUCGACCGCUCGUUAAGCGACAUAUCUUACCUGGUCGGCGCUAUGAUGCUGGCAUUGGCCGCUGGUUCGGUCGUGGCAUCUCCCACCGCUGUAUUGUUUGGAAAGAGAGUCGUUUACCUUGUAGGCAUCAUCGUUUUCUUCGCUGGGAGCAUUGGGUGUGCAGUGUCUCCCAAUUACGAGAGCCUUUUGGCUUCAAGAGUAGUGUCUGGCUUUGGUGUUGCUACUAUCGAGUCUUUGCCUUCUGCAACGGUCGCAGAAAUCUACUUUGCCCACGAAAGAGCAUAUAGACUAGGUUUUUAUACACUUCUGCUACUGGGAGGUAAGAACUUAGUGCCUUUGCUUGCAUCACUAGUCUUCGAGCAUCUUAAUAGGCACUGGCUGUUUUGGAUUGUGACCAUUAUUGUGGGAAUCAAUUUCAUGCUCCAUCUCUUCUUCGUUCCCGAAACAUUUUGGGAUAGAGCACCUGUGCCCGGUAAGCGGUCUCUACAAGAAACCGCGAUCGCACGCGCUAUAGGUUCGGCAAGCAGCACUGAUGCUGAUUCAAAUAGCAACCAUAAUGUCGAUCAUACCUUGCCCACCUCAAUGCAAGAUGACGAUGCUAGCCUUAUUCAACCUAACACGCCUCAACCAUUACAACCUGAAGUGGCCUCGGCAAUCGUCCCUCGACCCCGCCGUUAUACUGUAUCCUCUUUUACUCAGUCACAUCUGACUGUUGGCCUGGGAAUUUUCCACGGCAGACACAGUGAAGACAAGUGGUACAUGGUCAUGGUGCGUCCAUUUGUAUUAUUUGCGUAUCCAGCAGUCCUAUUUGGCGCCUUUCUUUACUCUUUGGCUAUUGUUUGGCUUAUAAUGAUUGCUCAGAUUGUCGAUCGUGUAUAUUCUUCCGCACCAUACAAUUUUUCAGCGACCUCUGUGGGUUUGGUUUACCUUUCGCCCUUUAUUGGAGGCGUCUUGGGUUCGUUAUGUGGAGGCGGUCUGAGCGAUAUUUUGAUUAGAAAUAUGGCUAGACGUAACGGCGGCGUAUACGAGCCAGAAUUUAGACUUCUCAUGGUACUUCCAGCAUGUAUAUCGACGGCCCUGGGACUAAUAGGUUUUGGAUGGUGCGCUCAUAAUCAGGAUCCCUGGAUCGCGCCAACUAUUUUUUUGGGAGUCGUGGGCUUCGGGUCUUCCCUGGCAAGUACCACGGCAAUUACAUACACCGUUGACUCGUACAAGCUAUACGCCCAGGAGGCAUUAGUGAGCUUGAACGUUUUAAAGAACGUCAUGGGUUUUGCAUUUUCGUUUUUCAAUGCCAACUUCAACGCUCAGCAGGGUUACAAAACUGCCUUUGUUGUUUACGGAUGUGUCGAAAUAUUUGUGGGAUUAUUCGCUAUCCCACUGUAUCACUAUGGAAAGAAAGCCAGACACUGGACCGAUUCUAAGGGCCUUUUGAGUUUUUCGUACGUCAGCAAAGAUACUGAUGAUGUAUCCUCUAAUGGCGAUCUCACUGACGAGAAAGUCAAAACAGGGCAGGAAUGCUAG